AUGGCUUCAGAUACGCUGCAAGAUGCUCACCAGGAAUGGAAAACUGUGCCAGAAUAUUCACAGUCUUGUAGCCUUUCGACUGACCGAUUUCAACAAGUCACAGAUCUGCUGUUGGAAAACCCCAAUCUGAACUCAACUCACCUCUUCCGGGCCGACAUCUUGUACGACAGUGCACACCGGCUGAAGACAGUUUUGGAAAAGGAGAGAUUCUGUCAGCACCCUGGGAGAGGACCGAGCGAUGAAGACGAAGAACGGGCCGCAGACGAAGAUGAUCCUGAACGCACAUCUUCAGCACCAGUCUUCGAGGGGGCAACACUGCAACGAAAGGUCCUGAGGAAACUCAUCCCUCGAAAGCCCCAGCUGGAUCGUCCACUUGACCAGUGGUGCUAUAUCUACAGCCUCGACCAGCGAACAGGGGAGGAGAGUUCGGGGUGCAUUGUCGUUUACGAUCCGCAAGUAGAUGCUGAGGCGGACAUGCCAUGGUAUCAUCCACCGGUCAAGUCUCUGGCAUAUUUCCACAAAGAAAAGGGGACUCAGACGACGCUGUCUGUUCAUUUCCUUCCUUUCCCAACCACUCCUGACCCAUUGCCACCCCGAACACAUCGAACGUUCGUCUCACUGCUCCAGACGUUCCUCAGACUCGCGAAGAAUCCUACGGCAGAACGAGCCAUCACUGAAAGCGGCCAGAGAAUGCCAGAUGGGAAAGACUCGACAGGCUUGUCUCUCGCUCCAUCGGCCCUCAAAGAUACGAUCCUUCCCCAGCACAUCGUGCAAGACACAUACACACGCCUGAAAGAGCAGUAUGCUGGAGAUCUCAUUUCACAAUGGGCGGAACAGACAGAACCGUCGAAGCACGUAUUCGAAGACCUCGCCAUUGCCGCCUUUGUCAUUGAGCUCUGGAAGCAAAUGUACCCGCAAGCACACACAUUCCCGGGGUUUGUCGACAUUGCAUGCGGAAACGGUGUUCUGACGUACGUGCUCGUCAAGGAGGGAUACCAGGGCCGUGGCUUUGAUGCUCGAAGACGGAAGACGUGGGACGUUCUCGAGAUGGACAACUACCUCGACGAGAUGCUGUGCAUCCCACAGCCGUUCCUAGACCACCUCAACGCCGAAGACAUCGACGGGUUUCAAGAAGCAGGCGGCAGGAUUCACAACGGGGUCUUCGAAGCCGGCACCUUCAUCAUUUCCAACCACGCCGACGAGCUCACCCCCUGGACGCCUCUUCUCGCCACACUGUCGUCUCCAAACUCUCCGCUACCCUUCCUAGCCAUUCCAUGUUGCUCGCAUGCCCUGAGUGGCGCCAAACACCGCUACACACCCAAGGAUGCCACAUUCGCAUCAUCGUCAUCCGCUACUACCACGAGUGCUACCAGAAGUAACAACAACCACACCGAAGAGCAGCCUGCCAGCGGUGACCUCAAGGCCCUCCGAGCGGCCAAGGCCAAAGCAGCGAACCACACCGACGACACAUCCAUGUAUGCGUGUUUGACGAAGAAACUCGUCUCGCUGGCCCGGGAGGUCGGCAUCGACGUCGAGUUGACACUGAUGCGGAUUCCGAGCACGCGCAACAUCGGAGUCGUCGGGAACAGGCGGGGAGCUUCCCCUACUACUGCCACUCGUUCAUCUACCUCUGCUGGUGCGACGACUUACGCAGCUGCGGCGCAUCCCGGAGUAGAUGCGACGAGUGUGAACCACGUAGACCCCGCGGUGGCGGCCGACGCCAACGCGAGUCUCGUACAAAGGACGCUCCAGGCCCUGCUGCACCGCGAGUGUGCCGUCUCAGGAGGCAUAGCAGCCGCCGCGACGUGUUGGGUCGACCGGGCGCGCAAACUCCAGACUGGGCAGGGAAGAGGCAAAGUCAACCACCGCGGGCGACAACCCUGUGCAACUGGAACGUGA